AUGCGGCACACAACCCCCCCCCCGGAUUCCAGCAGCCCGUGCUCGCCCGAUUCAACUGCCGAAGAGCUGCAAGGGGAUUCCGAGGGCGUUCUUGCUCCUUGCGGUGAGGACGCAUCAGAAGAACCGAGCAACUCAGGAGCUUCCUCGGGAGUACUGGCGGCUGCUCUUGAGCUGUCUGCAGCAGCAACGCGCGUAGAGGCUGUGUCAGAGUCAGCAGGCGGUGAAGCAGCAGAUGAGGCAACCGGCGUCGACGCUGAGGGCCCUGCUUCUUCGGGAGCUUCAGGUGUCCAUACACCACCUCCCGAAGCAAAAGUGUGCCCCAUUUUCCCUGGAGGCGACCCCAGAGACUGGCAAACUGCUGCAUUUGCAGCCGCCGCCUCUGGGGGGGGGGUGCCAGGUUCCGCCUCUCUCCCGCAGUGGGAACCACGCAUGCGGUUCACCCAGGCAGCAGCAACAACAGGCGAGCAGCAGCCGGUUCUUGCGGCAGCUGUGACACGGUAUGUGCAGGCGACUACAAGGGAGGCGCUCGCCUUCUGCGUCGGUGCUGAUGCAUGGGUGCAGCGUCUGCUGCCUGCUGCGGUGAAUGCAAUCGGCUCUGCUGAUUUCCCGACUGCAGUCGCAGCAGCAGCUGCAGCGUCAGAUGCGUCGGACGCGUCUUCCUCGGCUGCUAGGAGAGACGACUCGAGCUCUGUCGAACGCGCAUCUCCCACAGGAGAGAGGAGUGGAGUAGCAGCAGGAGCACCACUGCCACCCUUGCUAUCGCCGGAAGGGGAGACGGGGGCAGGUUCAAGUGCAACGCCCCUCUUGUCCUUGCGCCAGUCUAGUUGCGGCAUAGAGACCGUUUGGGGGCCCCCUGUUGCAGCAGCGGGGGCCCCUGGCUGGCGCUUGCAUCUACACUCUGGCUUGUGUGGUUUCGUAGUUGGGGGGAGUGGCUCCCUGCGAGUUGUCGAGGGGGAGAGGGAAGAACAAGUGACACUGAGCCGAGGAUCCGUCUUUUGUAUCCCUCCGCUCAUUCCCCAUCUCUUUGCCGCUUCUGCCGAAACACCACUGGUGAUGUUUGUCUGCUAUUCCCCUCCACUCACUGUCCACUGCAGUAACGGUGCCAGCAGCAGCAACACUGGUACCAGCAGCAGCAACACUGGUACCAGCAGCAGCAACACUGGUACAAGCAGCAGCAACACUGGUACAAGCAGCAGCGCAUGCGGGGUCGACAGUGACGCACCGUGCGGAGGCAGGCAUGCGGGGGAUAUAGGGGCUGCUACUGUCGAAGCCGCAGCUGCCCAGUGGAGUCGAAUAUUCUGCUCUGCCAACGCCAGUAGCCUCGGUUCGGCGCACGUCUACGUAAUCCAGGCUCACAUAUUCGUACCCUCACAUUCACUAAGCUUUGAGAAGGCAAGAGGUGAGCAUUUAAACGCGCACAUUCUUCCUCUCCCCUGCACAAACACUGGCACCGACAGGGGUAUUACCAGAGACACAUACACAGGAACAUUAUAA